AUGCGGAUCCGAUUCAUGAUUGGUUUGUUUGUCCUCGUAUCAUACCUUGUCGAAGCUGAUGAGCAUGAUCAUAUGUAUGAGAUCGACGAGGAAGUAGUACUGUGGAUGAAUACGGUCGGACCUUACAGCAAUCGACAAGAGACCUACACAUAUUUUUCGUUACCAUUUUGUCGGGGACCAAAGCAAUCUAUCGGUCACUACCAUGAAACUAUGGGAGAGUCUCUUCUUGGAGUUGAACUCGACUUUUCUGGAUUGGAUAUCAAAUUCAGAACCAAUACGAAGAAGACGGUCUUCUGCAAGAAGAAAUUAACGAACGACGAGUAUCAAACAUUCGUCUACGCAAUUAAAAACAGCUAUUUUUACCAGAUGUAUCUCGACGAUAUGCCAAUAUGGGGUAUGGUUGGUGAAGUUGACGAUUCUGUAUCUCCACCUGUAUAUAAACUGUAUACAUUUAAGCAGCUCGACGUUGGGUACAAUGACAAGCAGGUUGUGGAUGUCAAUUUAACUUCUGGUGGCCACACGGACAUCCACCCUGGAGUAGAGCUUGAGUUCACGUACGAGGUUAGAUGGAAACAGUCAUCCGUCUUAUUUGCCGACAGAUUUGAUAAAUAUCUUGACCCAAGCUUCUUUCAACAUAGGAUCCACUGGUUCUCGAUUUUCAAUAGCUUCAUGAUGGUAGUUUUUUUGGUCGGGCUAGUGUGGAUGAUCCUCGUGAGAACUCUUCGAAAGGAUUAUGCCCGAUAUCAGAAAGAGGAGUCUAUUGAUGAUUUAGACGCUGAUUUGGGUGACGAAUACGGGUGGAAACAAGUUCAUGGAGAUGUGUUCCGGGCACCGUCGAUGCCACUGUUGUUCGCCAGUUGCAUUGGUGCAGGAUAUCAUGUGUUUACGGUAGCAGUCAUAACCGUCAUACUCGCUAUCAUUGGAGAAUUCUAUACCGAGCGUGGUUCUCUGCUUUCUGCGGCCAUAUUCGUCUAUGCAGCUAGUUCUCCUGUAAACGGCUACGCUGGUGGAUCUAUGUAUGCCAGAUUUGGUGGACGCCAUUGGAUUCGACAAAUGGCUCUGGGUGCUUUCCUUCUGCCAAGUUUGGUUUGUGGAGUUGCAUUUCUAAUCAAUUUUAUCGCGAUUUAUUAUCACGCCUCAAGAGCUAUCCCGUUUACUGUAAUGCUUGCUGUAACUGCUAUUUGUCUGUUCGUUAUUCUUCCACUCACCCUCGUUGGUACUGUGCUUGGACGUAAUAUGGCUGGACAAGGGGACUACCCUUGCAGGGUAAAUGCAGUCCCACGUCCGAUCCCUGAUAAAAAAUGGUUUGUGCAGCCAUGGCUAAUCGUACUAAUGGGUGGAGUACUCCCGUUCGGAAGCAUUUUCAUUGAAAUGUACUUCAUUUUCACGUCAUUCUGGGCUUACAAGAUCUACUAUGUUUAUGGAUUUAUGCUUCUUGUCAUACUUAUUCUGGCAGUUGUCACCGUUUGCGUCACUAUUGUAUGCUGUUACUUCUUGUUGAAUGCUGAAGAUUAUAGAUGGAGGUGGACCAGCUUUUUGGCCGGUAGUUCGACAGCAUUUUACGUGUAUCUUUACUCGGUGUAUUAUUUUUUCUUCAAGACAAAAAUGUAUGGUCUGUUUCAAACAGUGUUUUAUUUUGGUUACAUGGGCAUUUUCUCAGCGGCUCUUGGUCUCAUGACCGGAACAAUCGGAUACGUUGGUACUGCGAAAUUUGUACGAAAAAUUUACUCAACAGUUAAAAUUGACUGA